AUGGGUUGGUUCUGGGCAGACACUACGCCUUCCGCGCCUGCUGCGCCUGUUGCGCCGCACCCCAUGCCCACAGGCAAUGCAGAGCCUCCUCCACAGUGUCCCAUGCACAAGAAAGCGACACCUCCUGCCAAAGCAGAAGUUCCCAAGGGCGCCUGCCCCUACGUACCUCCUGCGAACCCCGCUUCGACCCCCGAACCCAAGACCGGCCUUCUCGCGAAGCUGAACCCCCUCAACAACAUGUUCUCCGAGCUCGACAACAAGAAAGCCGAAAUCCAAUCGCGCGACCUCCCCCUCUCCCGUGAGGCUUCUACGAUCCCCAAGGGCGACGGCUCGCUCUGGGAGUACCCCUCGCCCCAGCAAAUGUACAACGCCAUGUUGCGCAAAGGCUACACCGACACCGACGUCACGGCUGUCGAGUCCAUGGUCUCUGUGCACAACUUCCUGAACGAAGGCGCCUGGGCCGGGAUUAUGGGAUGGGAGCGCCGGUUCUCGCGCGGCCUGAAAGAGGGCUAUGAGAUCUGCAAGAACGGCGAGCAGCUCGCCAAUCUGAAGCUGGGCAUACACGAAGACGCAUUCGACACAACGACCUGGGACGUGCGAGACGUCCAACCCCCAAAACUGCUGCGCUUCACUGGCCGCCCGACAGAACGCACACCCAAGGCAACCAUCGCGCAGUGGCUCGGGUGGCUGAACCCGGAGAAGUACGGGACAGCGCCCCCCUUUGACCGCCACGACUGGUUCAUAGAGCGAUGCAACGAGCAAGGCUGCAAAGAAGUGCGCUACGUCAUCGACUACUACGAAGGCGAAGCCGUAUCCGACGACGAGCCCGUCUUCCACCUCGACAUCCGCCCGGCCGUCGACGGCCCCACGAGCGCCGCCGAGCGCCUGAUCCGCUCGGGCACGGAGCUGUGGUGGCAGGCUUCGGGCGGGAGCGUCCGCAUGCUGAGGAAGCUCGAGGAGGCUAAGAAGAAGAGGGAGGAGGAACUCGCUGCUACGCGGAGGCAGUACAACUAG